UUUCUUAAUAUGUUCAACUUUCUUAAGUUCACAGAAUGGACUUUGUUUUUAUGGGGGUAAAUAGCCAAAAGAUUUUAAUUAAAGCCAUAAAACUAGAAGACUCAGCACCUGGGAGGAAAGAUUCCUAUUUUUCCAAAAUUGAAACUGUUAGCACACUUUUUGACUUAAACCUGUUAGAUUAAGAUGUAAGUGUAAUAAUAUCAAGUGAAAAGAUACUUUUUACCUAUUUAUAUAAGGAAAUUUAACAUCAUGCAGGACUUUUAUUUAAUCAACAGUCUAUUCCAAACAAAUGCAUUGCCCUCAAAACUUCCAUUCCAGGGUCAGGUCCAGGAUUACAUACUGCAUAUAGUUUUCAUCUAUCUUUUGUCUCCUAUUCUCUGUCUUGUGAGAUGGACAUUUUUGUAGAGAACACGCCAAAUAUUUUACAAACUGUUCCUUAAUUGGGAUCUUGCUUAUUUUUAUUUCUUUAAUUAAAGUAUAGCUGACACCUAAUGUUACAUUAGUCUCAGGUGUACAACAUAGUGAUUUUGACAAGUCUAUACAUUAUGCCCCGCUCCCCCAAGUGUAGCUGUCAUCUGUCACCAUACAGCUUUACUGCAGUACCAUUGACUAUAUUCCCUAUGCUGUAUCUUUUAUAUCCAUGACUUGUUCAUGCCAUAACUAGAAGGGAAAAAGUACUUUUUAAGUGAGCUCUUUUGAAGUAAGGUAUUUUUUACCUGGAAGAAAAAUUUUAAAAAAUAGGGGCGCCUUGGGUGGGUCAUUCAGUUAAACAUCUGACUCUUGACUUCAGCCUAAGUCAUGAUCUCACGGUUCCUGAGUUGGAGCCCUGCGUUGGGCUCCGCACUGCCAGCAUGGAGUCUGCUUGGGAUUCUCACUUUCUCUGCUGGUGUUUUCUUUCUCUCUCUGUCACUCAAAUUAAGUAAAUAAACAUUAAAAGAAAAAUUUAAAAAAAUAUGGCCUAUUAUCUCUGCUUUAUAUUUGGCUGUAUUAUUUGAAAUGCAUUAGAAAGUAAUCCCUCUUGUAAGGAACUUGAGGGUUAAUAGUUUAAUUAGUUCAGAAGAAAUUUUAAUAGUAUUAACAGACUUUUUUUUUUUUUAAGUUUGUUUAUUUAUUCAUUCAUUCAGAGAGCAGGGGAGGGGCAGAGGAGAGAAGGAGAACGAGAAUCCCAGCAGGCUCAGCACUGUCAGCACAGAGCCUGACAGGGGACUUGAUCCCAUGAACUUGUGAGAUCAUGACCUGAGCCAAAACCAAGAGUUGGAACUGACUGUGCCAACCCAGAGAGAGUGGAAGGGGGCCAGGGAGAGCAGCCGUCUUUAAGUGGAAGUUGGGCCAGCCCUCAGCUCCCUUCAAGAACACAGUCUGUGAGGUCACCUACACCUUAUAAAAAACAGCUUAAUGAGGAACUCCAGCGGCGAUCUUCAGCAGUAUUAGACACAAGAAGGAAAGCAGAGCCUGCCUUUGGAGGUCAUGACCCUCGUACAGCUGUUCAGCUUCGAAGCCUCAGCACAGUAUUAAAACGCCUCAAGGAAAUCAUGGAGGGGAAAAGCCAGGAUAGCGACCUGAAGCAAUACUGGAUGCCAGACAGCCAAUGUAAAGAGUGCUACGACUGUAGUGAGAAAUUUACAACCUUUAGGCGCAGACACCAUUGCCGCUUGUGUGGGCAGAUUUUUUGCAGUCGUUGCUGUAAUCAAGAAAUCCCUGGAAAAUUUAUGGGCUAUACGGGGGACCUCCGAGCUUGCACAUACUGUAGAAAAAUAGCCUUAAGUUAUGCUCAUUCCACAGACAGUAAUUCCAUUGGGGAAGACUUGAAUGCUCUUUCAGAUUCCGCUUCCUCUGUGUCUGUACUUGAUCCAAAUGAACCUCGAACACCUGUUGGAAGUAGAAAAGCCAGCCGCAACAUAUUUUUGGAGGAUGAUUUUGCUUGGCAAAGUUUGAUUCAUCCAGACUCCUCAAAUACUCCUCUUUCAACAAGGCUUGUAUCUGUUCAAGAAGAUGCUGGGAAAUCUCCUGCUCGAAAUAGAUCAGCCAGCAUUACUAACCUGUCACUGGAUCGAUCUGGCUCUCCCAUGGUGUCUUCAUAUGAGACAUCUGUCAGUCCCCAGGCUAACCGGACAUACGUUAGGACAGAGACCACUGAGGAUGAACGCAAAAUUCUUCUGGACAGUGUUCAGUUAAAGGACCUGUGGAAGAAAAUCUGCCAUCACAGUAGUGGAAUGGAGUUUCAGGAUCACCGUUACUGGCUGAGAACGCAUCCCAACUGCAUUGUGGGAAAAGAAUUAGUCAACUGGUUGAUCCGAAAUGGGCACAUUGCUACAAGGGCACAAGCUAUAGCAAUCGGACAAGCCAUGGUCGAUGGACGUUGGCUGGACUGUGUCAGUCAUCACGACCAGCUUUUCAGGGAUGAGUAUGCGCUGUACAGGCCAUUGCAGAGUACAGAAUUUUCCGAGACCCCUUCUCCAGACAGUGACUCCGUGAACUCUGUGGAAGGACACUCUGAGCCAUCAUGGUUUAAAGACAUAAAGUUUGAUGACAGUGACACGGAACAGAUAGCUGAAGAAGGUGACGAUAAUUUGACUAAUUCUGCCAGUCCUAGCAAGCGCACAUCAGUCAGCAGUUUCCAGUCCACAGUGGACAGUGACUCAGCCGCGUCCAUCAGCCUGAACGUGGAGCUGGACAACGUGAACUUCCAUAUCAAGAAGCCCUCCAAGUACCCACAUGUGCCCCCUCACCCUGCUGACCAAAAAGAGUAUUUGAUAUCUGACAAUGGAGGACAACAACUCUCAAUAAGUGACGCCUUCAUCAAAGAAUCCUUAUUUAAUCGUCGAGUUGAGGAAAAAUCCAAAGAGCUGCCUUUCACACCUUUGGGUUGGCAUCAUAACAACCUGGAGCUGCUGAGGGAGGAGAAUGGAGAGAAACAAGCCAUGGAGAGGUUGCUCUCAGCUAAUCAUAACCACAUGAUGGCACUACUCCAACAGUUGCUCCAUAAUGAGUCAUUGUCACCAUCUUGGAGGGACAUCAUUGUAUCACUGGUCUGCCAGGUUGUUCAGACAGUCCGACCUGAUGUCAAGAACCGGGAUGAUGACAUGGACAUCCGUCAGUUUGUCCAUAUUAAAAAAAUUCCAGGUGGAAAGAAGUUUGAUUCUGUGGUUGUCAAUGGAUUUGUUUGUACCAAAAAUAUUGCACAUAAAAAGAUGAAUUCUUGUAUUAAAAAUCCCAAAAUUCUUCUGUUGAAAUGUUCCAUCGAGUAUCUCUACAGAGAAGAAACUAAAUUUACCUGCAUUGAUCCUAUUGUGCUUCAGGAAAGGGAAUUCUUGAAGAAUUAUGUUCAGCGAAUAGUUGAUGUUCGACCUACAUUGGUUCUAGUUGAAAAAACAGUGUCUCGGAUUGCCCAAGACAUGUUACUAGAACAUGGCAUUACUUUGGUCAUUAAUGUAAAAUCACAAGUUUUAGAACGAAUCAGUCGGAUGACCCAAGGUGAUUUAGUAAUGUCGAUGGACCAGCUGCUUACAAAACCCCACCUGGGCACCUGUCACAAAUUUUAUAUGCAGAUCUUUCAGUUGCCUAAUGAGCAAACCAAAACACUGAUGUUUUUUGAAGGCUGUCCACAGCACCUGGGCUGUACAAUCAAGCUUAGAGGAGGCUCUGAUUAUGAGCUGGCUCGAGUUAAAGAGAUCCUAAUAUUUAUGAUCUGUGUAGCUUAUCAUUCUCAACUAGAAAUCUCCUUCCUCAUGGAUGAAUUUGCUAUGCCUCCUACGUUAACACAAAACCCUUCCUUCCAUUCUCUGAUUGAGGGGCGGGAGGAUGAAGGGACCACACAAGAGCCGUUCAGCGGAAGUCCCCUCCCCCGGGAGCCUGACUUUCCUUCAGAAUUUCUGUCCUCCGAUGAUAGCAGUUUGCUAGAAUCAAGGAUUGUGUUUGAGAAGGGUGACCAGGAGAAUAGAAGCAUUCCACAGGAUGUUGCCUGUUUGAAGCAUCAAGAGUAUGCCACAACGGCUUGCCCCACAGGGAUCCCCUGUGCUCUCUUUCCAUCGGUCCCAGAAUCGUUGUUGCCGCUGCACGUGGACGACCAGCAGGAUGCUGUGGGCUUGGAGCAGCCGGAGGCUUUGCAGCACCCAGAUGAGCUACAGGAUCCCAAAAGCCAGAUGAGAGCCUUUAGAGACCCUUUGCAGGAUGACACUGGAUUGUAUGUUACUGAGGAGGUUACCUCUUCUGAAGAUAAACGAAAGACUUAUUCUUUGGCCUUUAAACAGGAAUUGAAAGACGUGAUCCUCUGUAUCUCCCCAGUAAUCACAUUCCGGGAGCCCUUCCUUUUAACUGAAAAAGGGAUGAGAUGCUCUACCCGAGAUUAUUUCGCAGAGCAGGUUUACUGGUCUCCUCUCCUCAAUAAAGAGUUCAAAGAAGUGGAAAGCAGGCGGAAGAAGCAGCUGCUUAGGGAUCUCUCUGGUCUUCAAGGCAUGAACGGAAGUGUUCAGGCCAAGGCUAUUCAAGUCUUGCCCUCGCACGAGCUAGUGAGCACUAGAAUUGCUGAGCAUCUUGGGGAUAGCCAGAGCUUGGGUAGAAUGCUGGCUGAUUAUCGGGCCAGAGGAGGAAGAAUUCAGCAAAAAAAUGUAGACCCUUUUGCUCAUUCAAAGGAUGUACCUGGUACUUCAAGUGGCAGAUCAGGAAGCAAAACUGAUGGUGACGAGGAGAAAGGGUUGAUUCCGAGUGAUGCAGUGUGGUCAACAAAGGUGGACUGUCUGAACCCUGUUAACCACCAGAGACUGUGCGUGCUCUUCAGCAGCUCUUCUGCCCAGUCCAGCAAUGCCCCCAGUGCCUGUGUCAGCCCUUGGAUUGUAACAAUGGAAUUUUAUGGAAAGAAUGAUCUUACAUUAGGCAUAUUUUUAGAGAGAUACUGUUUCAGGCCUUCUUAUCAGUGUCCUAGCAUGUUCUGUGAUACCCCCAUGGUGCAUCAUAUUCGGCGCUUUGUCCAUGGCCAAGGCUGUGUGCAGAUAAUUCUGAAGGAGUUAGAUUCUCCAGUACCUGGAUAUCAACAUACAAUUCUUACCUAUUCCUGGUGCAGAAUCUGCAAACAGGUAACACCAGUUGUUGCUCUUUCCAACGAGUCCUGGUCCAUGUCAUUUGCAAAAUACCUUGAACUUAGGUUUUAUGGGCACCAGUACACUCGCAGAGCCAAUGCUGAGCCAUGUGGUCACUCCAUCCACCAUGAUUAUCACCAGUAUUUCUCCUAUAAUCAGAUGGUGGCAUCUUUCAGUUAUUCUCCCAUUCGGCUUCUUGAAGUAUGUGUUCCACUCCCUAAGAUAUUCAUUAAACGUCAGGCCCCAUUAAAAGUGUCCCUUCUUCAGGAUCUAAAGGACUUCUUUCAAAAAGUUUCACAGGUAUAUCUUGCUGUUGAUGAAAGACUUGCAUCUUUGAAAACCGAUACGUUUAGCAAAACAAGAGAGGAAAAAAUGGAAGAUAUCUUUGCACAAAAAGAGAUGGAGGAAGGCGAGUUCAAGAACUGGGUGGAGAAGAUGCAAGCCAGGCUCAUGUCCUCCUCCGCGGACGCCCCACAGCAGCUGCAGUCUAUCUUCGAGUCCCUCAUUGCCAAGAAGCAGAGUCUGUGUGAAGUGCUUCAGGCUUGGAACAACAGAUUGCAGGACCUUUUCCAGCAGGAAAAGGGUAGAAAGCGACCUUCAGUUCCUCCAAGUCCUGGAAGACUGAGACAGGGGGAAGAAAGCAAGAUAAGUGCAAUGGAUGCGGCUCCACGAAAUAUUUCUCCAGGACUUCAAAAUGGAGAAAAAGAGGACCGCUUCCUGACCACCCUGUCCAGCCAGAGCCCCGCCAGCUCGGCGCAUCUGCAGCUGCCUACCCCCCCGGAAGCCCUGCCCGAGCAGCUGGCGGGAGCACCCCCUGAGCUCGAUACAGCCAGCAGUUCCGAAGAUGUGUUUGAUGGGCAUUUGCUGGGAUCCACAGACAGCCAGGUGAAGGAAAAAUCAACCAUGAAAGCCAUCUUUGCAAAUUUGCUUCCAGGAAAUAGCUACAACCCUAUUCCAUUUCCAUUUGAUCCAGAUAAACACUACUUAAUGUAUGAACACGAACGGGUACCCAUUGCUGUUUGUGAGAAGGAGCCCAGCUCCAUCAUUGCUUUUGCUCUCAGUUGUAAAGAAUACCGAAAUGCCUUAGAGGAAUUAUCCAAAGCGACUCAGCGGAACAGUGCCGAAGAAGGGCUUCCAACAAAUAGUACUUUGGACAGCCGACCAAAGAGCAGCAGCCCUAUUAGAUUACCUGAGGUCAGCGGAGGACAGACAAACCGUACAGCAGAAGCAGAACCACAGCCAACCAAAAAGACUUCUGGAAUGCUGUCCUUCUUCCGAGGGACAGCAGGGAAAAGCCCUGAUCUCUCUUCCCAGAAAAGAGAGACCUUACGUGGAGCAGACAGUGCUUACUACCAGGUUGGGCAGACGGGCAAGGAGGGGACGGAGAAUCAAGGUGCUGAGUCUCAAGAUGAGGUAGAUGGAGGAGAUACACAAAAGAAACAACUCAUAAAUCCUCACGUGGAGCUACAAUUUUCUGACGCGAAUGCCAAGUUUUACUGUCGGCUCUACUAUGCGGGAGAGUUUCAUAAGAUGCGUGAGGUGAUUCUGGGGAGCAGUGAAGAAGAUUUCAUUCGUUCUCUUUCCCACUCGUCGCCCUGGCAGGCCCGUGGGGGCAAAUCAGGAGCUGCCUUCUAUGCCACGGAAGAUGAUAGAUUCAUUUUGAAGCAGAUGCCUCGUCUGGAAGUCCAGUCUUUCCUUGACUUUGCACCACACUACUUCAAUUAUAUUACAAAUGCUGUUCAACAAAAGAGGCCCACUGCAUUGGCCAAAAUUCUUGGAGUUUACAGAAUUGGUUAUAAGAAUUCUCAGAACAAUACUGAGAAGAAGUUAGAUCUCCUUGUCAUGGAAAAUCUUUUCUAUGGGAGAAAGAUGGCACAGGUUUUUGAUUUGAAGGGUUCACUUAGGAAUAGAAAUGUAAAAACUGAUACUGGGAAAGAGAGCUGUGAUGUAGUCCUGUUGGAUGAAAAUCUCUUAAAGAUGGUUCGAGACAACCCCCUGUAUAUCCGUUCUCAUUCCAAAGCCGUGCUGAGAGCCUCGAUCCGUAGUGAUUCCCACUUCCUUUCUAGCCACCUCAUUAUAGAUUAUUCUUUGCUGGUUGGACGAGAUGAUACCAGCAAUGAGCUGGUAGUUGGAAUUAUAGAUUAUAUUCGAACAUUUACAUGGGACAAAAAGCUUGAGAUGGUUGUGAAAUCAACAGGAAUUUUAGGGGGACAAGGUAAAAUGCCCACCGUGGUCUCUCCAGAGUUGUACAGGACUAGAUUUUGUGAAGCAAUGGACAAGUACUUCCUGAUGGUACCAGACCACUGGACAGGCUUAGGUCUGAACUGCUGAAAUAGACCAUGAGUGAAAAGGUGCCUGGAACAAAGGACCAAAAAUAAGCUACAUGUUUUAUUUCUUCAUCACAUUCUCCACAGUAUGCCAAGGCCUUUCCGUUCUGUGGUUGUGUGGGCUCCGUGUACCUGAAGUGUUAAAACUCCAUGGAUUUGCACUUUGAUUUUGAUACGUACAAAUUAGCUGUCCUUAGGCCGGGAGGUUGCAUGAACAUUUUUCCACUUAAGCGGGAAUAUAGACCCAUUUCAAAGGAUUAAAGACAAACGUGUGGUCAGAGAUGAGAUAGGGUAAAAAACGGGUUGUAAGACUUGUUAACAAUCCUGUUAAGAAAAUAACGUCUCCUAGAUUGUGAGUUUCCUGGCAUCAUGUUGGACGUAUUCUUUACUUAGCAAGCAUUUGUAGAGCUGGUGACUUUGUGUUUCUUAUGUGACAAUAUAAUGUUAUGUAUUAUCAGAAUUUAUGAAAUCUUUAAAAAAUUCCAAAUUAUACUAUUAAUGGCCAGUCAAACAGAUUGACACAAUCUGUUCUUGUUUUAUUGAAGAAUUUGACUUAAAUUGGGAACCCUGUUGUGUGUUCUUAUCUUGCUCUGGUUUUCAGUAUGCUUGAUGUUUUUUAGGUUCUCUCUUCUCUGUGGAUGACAGGAGACUAUAGCUAUUAUAAUACUCGAAGCCUUCUUUUGGAGCUGUUUUUUAAGCUUGUUUGUAACUUUUUUGCAAUUAAUAUGUUCAACUACACUUAUCUGCACCUGCUCAUCUUGUAGGUUUUCCUCCACUUUCAGGGAAACAGUAAAUGAGUCUAUAGUGACUAAAUUCCCAAAGGGAGAAUUACUAAGGAUUUUUUUAAUGUAAAAAAUGAAUUAGACCUUAUCCAAGAAAUUGGGUGAGAGGUAGGCACUUGCUUGUUUUUUGUAAAGGUAAAGUGUCUUUUUCAAUACAGAAAGCAAUUUCAGUGGCAUCUAUAAAACUAAGAGGUUUGUAGUGUGGACAUCCCUGUUUCUUAACUUUCUGUGCCAGUUUCUAGGCCAGUUCUGAUUAUUGAGAAAUGUUAAGAGAUAAAAUAUUUGUAGUAAGGAACUUCUUGUUUAAUAGAGUUUUGUUUGUUUUAAAAUAUGAUCAGAUAGAGUACUAAACUAACUAUCUUUGGGGAAAUAACAGAACGCCAAAUAUUUCCUCGUGGCUUCUUUCCCUAACAAGGAUACUUGGGGGAUUUAUAAAGUUUUAUAUAAAGUUCUAUUCUUUUCAGGCUUUCCUGUAAGAGCACAUUUCUAUUGUAACUUUCACGAAACAAGAAAAAGGAAUCUGGGUACAUUCCGGUUACAGAGACUUAUAAGUAUGUGAAAUAGGAACAUUUUGGAAAGUUUGCUUUAGAGAAUGAAAACAUUAGUUUGGUGUUUGGUGCUUAUUGGAAACGUGGUUUCUUUUGAACUAGAAACAAGUUGGCCAAGGACUUAAAACUGAUGAUAAGCUUAAAAAAAAAAAAAACAAAC